AUGAAACCCCCCGAAACAUCACAAUGUUACAUCUCCCUAGAAGAACUGUUAGACGAAGCCGAUCGGGACGACUUACACUUCGACAUAGUCAACAAAUUCAAUCGAGCUCUGAAUACUAGAGACCGCACCCCAGAUCAAUCUGAUGAUGAAGUUGAUGAUGAAGCUGAUGAUGAAGCUGAUGAUGAAGCUGAUGAUGAAGCUGAUGAUGAAGUUGAUGAAGCUGACGACCAAAAAGGAGCAGAAUCUAGUAGAAGUAGGCCUGGAACUGGACCAGACCAAUCUACGGAGGGUCAACAGCUUGACGCCGAGGGACAGAAGCUCGCUGAUGAACUGGACGAGCUAUGGUAG